AUGCAGCUGGAGAUCAAAGUAGCCCUGAACUUCAUCAUCUCUUACCUGUACAACAAGCUGCCCCGGCGCCGGGCAGACCUGUUUGGCGAGGAGCUCGAGCGACUCUUGAAAAAGAAAUAUGAGGGCCACUGGUACCCCGACAAGCCGCUGAAGGGCUCUGGCUUCCGCUGUGUCCACAUCGGUGAGAUAGUGGACCCCGUGGUGGAGCUGGCUGCCAAGCGGAGUGGCCUAGCAGUGGAGGACGUGCGGGCCAACGUGCCCGAGGAGCUGAGCGUUUGGAUCGACCCUUUCGAGGUGUCCUACCAGAUUGGUGAGAAGGGGGCUGUGAAAGUGCUGUAUGUGGAUGACAGUGAGGGCUGUGUUGCCCCCGAGCUGGACAAGGAGAUCAAGAGCAGCUUCAACCCUGACGCCCAGGUCUUCGUGCCCAUCGGCAGCCAGGACAGCUCCCUGUCCAACUCCCCGUCCCCGUCCUUUGGCCAGUCGCCCAGCCCCACCUUCAUCCCCCGCUCGGCCCAGCCCAUCACUUUUACCACCGCCUCCUUUGCAGCCACCAAGUUUGGCUCCACCAAGAUGAAGAAGGGGGGUGGGGCCGCAGGAGGGGGUGGGGUGGCCACCGGGGGUGCAGGCGGCCCGCAGCCCCCACAGCAGCAGCCUCGCCUGGCCCGCUCUCCCACCAACAACCUGCUGAAGCAGAAGAGCCUCUCUCUGUCCCUGCAUUCACUGAACUUCAUCACCGCCAACCCAGCCCCUCAGUCCCAGCUCUCACCCAAUGCCAAGGAGUUCGUGUACAAUGGCGGUGGCUCGCCCAGCCUCUUCUUUGAUGGGGCCGAUGGCCCGGGCAGUGGCUCCCCAGCCUCCUUUGGGGGCAGCGGCACUGGCACCUGCAACAGCAGCAGUUUCGACGUGGCCCAGGUGUUUGGUGGGGGUGCCAACAGCCUCUUUCUGGAGAAGACACCCUUCGUGGAAGGCCUCAGCUACAACCUGAACACCAUGCAGUAUCCCAGCCAGCCAUUCCAGCCCGUUGUGCUGGCCAACUGA